GGGUUAGAUCUGCUUUUACAAGUUUCUUAUCGGCGAUUUGGAUGAACCACCACAGCGAGUAAAUUAAUCAGCUGUUGACCAUGAUUGCUUUGAUCGCCGGCUCGAGGAAUAACUAAAAAGUCAAGGAACCUUGAAUUGAUGGACAUUUUUGCAUCGAGUAUCGCUGAGAUUUAUUUGUUUCUUUUACAGCUUUUUAUGUUACUUUCACUUUUCAGCCUCUUUUGUCACCGAUGCUGUUGUGUCAUAGAGAUUUGCUUUCCUCAUUCCGAAUCGUCUUGGCGAGCUCAUCACCCAGACGUAAGGAGCUCUUAGAAAAUAUGGGCAUCAACUUCGAAGUGGUGUCUGUCGCUGUCGAUGAAGCUCUGCCGCUUCACACCUUCGAAUCGUUUUCUAGUUACGUCGAAAACUUGGCACUACUUAAAGCCCGUGUAACCGUGGAUAAACUCAUCGCCUCAUGUGACCUCAACCAUCGCCAACUUGUUAUUUCAGCUGAUACGAUGAUCGCAUUCAAGGAAGAACUCAUCGGUAAACCUCUUGACAACAGGAAUGCCACAGCUAUUCUGGAAAGGUUGAGCGGGGAAUCACAUGCAGUCCUCACUGGCGUUUGCAUUUACAUGUUAAUCGCGGGACAAGAUCCGAAGAUUGUCACUUUUCACGAGAGUACCACCGUGAAAAUGGGGCUAUUAACUCAGGAAAUCAUAAACGCCUACGUGGAUACAGGCGAGCCUUUGGAUAAAGCUGGGGCAUACGCUAUUCAAGGACUUGGUGCUAGCCUGAUUGAAGGAAUUGAUGGGGACUACUUCAAUGUAGUUGGUUUGCCAAUCUACAAACUAUGCCAGCAUCUACGCGAAUUACUUCUCGAAGUCGCGUAGUUUAUGAAAAUGGGGAUAACUACGCAUACAAUAGACCGCAACUUCUAAAUAUUAUUUUCUAUGCCACAGAGAAAUCGUGACUUUUGUCCUCUAAUACUCGAACUUUCGGAUCCUGUAUUUUCUCCUAUGACUGCUGCAUCGUCACCAUGAUCGGCAAUAUAUUGGUGUCCGCGUUUUUUC